AUGAAGCGCCUCUUCAUCGCAAAUCGCGGCGAGAUAGCGGCGCGCAUCGCACGCACCGCGCGCGACCGCGCGCUGCCGUCCGUCGUCGCCGUGGCGCCCGAGGACGAGCAACUCGUCGCGCAGUACCACUGCGACGCCACCGCGCCGCUGCGGAGCGCGGCGUCGUACGCGGACAGCGACGAGCUCAUCGCCGCGGCGCUGCGCGAGGGCUGCGACGCGGUGCACCCGGGCUACGGCUUCCUCUCCGAGGACGCGGCCUUCAGCCGGAACGUGCGCGACGCGGGCCUGACCUUCGUCGGUGCACCGACGGCCGCGCUCGAGGUCUUCGGCGACAAGAUCGCCGCCCGCCGGCUCGCGGUCGACGCGGGCGUGCCCGUCGCGCGCGGCGCCGUCGUCGGCGGCGCGGCGGAGCUCGAGGCCUUUCUCAAGGAUGGGAUCGGCGCGGGCGUGCUCAAGGCGCGCGCCGGCGGCGGCGGCCGGGGCAUCCGCCGCGUGUCGCUCGCCGGCGACUUGGCGGCCGACUUCGAGCGCUGCGCGUCCGAGGCGUCGCGGUCCUUCGGCGGCGCGGAGGAGGGGCUGCUCGUCGAGGACCACGUGUGGUCCGCGCGCCACGUCGAGGUGCAGGUCGCCGCCGACAGCUGCGGCGCCGUCGCGACGCUCUUCGACCGCGAGUGCUCGUUGCAGCGGCGGCACCAGAAGCUGAUCGAGGUCGCGCCCGCGCCGUUCCUCGACGACACGCUCAGACGGUUGAUAGCGGAAGCGGCCAAGGCGCUCGCGGCGAGCUCGGGCUUACAGGGCCUCGGCACCUUCGAGUUCCUGAUCAACGGAGACCGCUUCUACUUUAUGGAGUGCAACCCGCGCUUGCAGGUCGAGCACACCGUGACCGAGGAAAUCGCGGGCGUCGAUCUCGUCGCGGUCCAGCUCGCGCUCGACGCGCUCCGGAGCCGCGCGGCGGCGCCGCGGGGCUUUUCCGUGCAGGCGCGGGUGUUGGCGGAGAAGAGCGGCAAGCCGAGCUGCGAGCCCGCGCGCAAGUUCAAUCCGCCGACGAACGGCGUCCGCGUCGAGACGGCGCUCGCCGAGGGUCUGGGCACGCACCCGAGCUUCGACUCGCUCGUCGCCAAGGUCAUCGUGAACGCGCCGACCUACGAGCGCGCGCUGGACAAGGCGCGGCGCGCCGUCGACGACUUCGGCAUCGAGGGGCCCUCGACGAAUCUACGGUUCCUGUCGGAGCUGCUGUCGCGCCCCGAGGUCCUCGACGCGACGGCGACGACGACCUUCGUCGACGACGCGUUUCCCGACGACGAGGCGGCGGCGCUCGGCGACGACGGUGACGGCGCGCUGCGCUCGCCCACGGCGGGCACGGUCGUCUCCGUCGCGGCCGUCGGCGAGAUCGCCCGCGGCAAGCCCGUCGUGGUUAUCGAGGCGAUGAAGAUGGAACACGUCCUCGCGGCGCCCGCGGACGGCGAGGUCGUCGCCGUGCGCUGCGCCGUCGGCGACGUCGUCUCGGAGGGGUCCGUGCUCGCCGAGGUCGCCAUCGCCGCGGGCGCCGAGGCCGCGGCCGCCGAGGCCGCGGAAACUGUCGACCUCGACGCGCCGCGGCCGGACCUCGCGGCGCUGCGCGCCCGCCUCGCGCUUUUAGACGAUGCCGCGCGGCCCGAGGCCGUCGCGCGGCGGAGGAAACGCGGCCAGCUGACGGCGCGCGAGCACGUCGCCGCGUUGUGCGGCGAAUCGUUCAAAGAACUCGGCGGCCUCGCGGUCGCCGCCCAGCGCCGCACGCGCAGCGAGGAGGAACUGGCCGCGAAGACGCCCGCCGACGGCGUGCUCACGGGCGUCGGCAUGGUCGGCGCCGCGCCCGCCGUCGUCGUCGCCGUCGACGCGACGGUCCUCGCCGGUACCCAGGGAUUCUUCCACCACCACAAGCUCGAUCGCGCGGUGCAGGUGGCGGCGAAGCGGCGGCUGCCCAUCAUCGCGUUGCCGGAGGGCGGCGGCGGCCGGCCGAACGACGGCGACGUCGAGGGCCUGAUGGCGGCCGGGCUAUUUAUUUCCACGUGGCACGCGUACGCGGCGCUCGCGGGCGUCGUGCCCCGCGUCGCCGUCGUCUCGGGCUACUGCUUCGCCGGUUCGGCCGCAAUUGCGGGCUGCAGCGACGUCGUGAUCGCGACCGAGACCUCCUCGCUCGGCAUGGGCGGCCCCGCGAUGAUCGAGGGCGGCGGCCUGGGCCGCGUCAAGCCCGAGGACGUCGGCCCCGCGCCGGCGCUCGCCGAGCGAGGGGUCGUCGACGUCGUCGCGGCCGACGACGCCGCGGCGUUGGACGCGGCGAAGCGCUACCUCUCGUACUUCGCGGCGCCGGUCGCGCCGCCGGCGCCCGCGGGCGGCGACCAGCGCCUGCUUCGACAGCUCGUCCCGGAGAACCGGAAGCGGGCCUACGACAUGCGCGCGAUCCUCGACGUCGUCUGCGACGAGGGGUCCGUCUUCGAGCUCCGGGACCGCUUCGGCCGCUCGGUGAUCACGGCCCUGGCCCGCGUCGACGGUCGCGCCGUCGGCAUCCUCGCGUCCGACCCGGCGCGGAACGGCGGCGCGGUCGACGCGGACGCCGCGGACAAGGCCGCGCGCUUCCUGCGCCUCUGCGACGCGUUCGGGCUGCCCGUGGUGUCGCUUUUGGACUGCCCGGGCUUCAUGGUCGGGCCGGACGCGGAGCGGGACGGCAUGGUGCGGAAAGCCUCUCGGUUAUUCCUCGCCGGCGCGAAGCUCUCCGUGCCCGUCGUCGCCGUCGUCGUCAGAAAAGCCGUGGGCCUGGGGGCCAUGGCGCUUUGCGGCGGGAGCACGAAAGUUCCGGUGGACACCCUCGCGUUUCCGACGGCGGAGAUCGGCGCCAUGGGCGUCGAAGGAGCAGUCAAUCUUGGCUUCAAGGCGAAGCUCGACGCCGUCGACGGCGACGAGCGCGCCGCCUUGUUCGACAAGCUCUGCGCCGCGGUGCACGCGCGCGGCGCCGCGACGACCGCCGCGUCGCAGCUCGAGGUCGACGACGUCGUCGACCCGGCGGAGACGCGGGACCGGAUCGUCGCGGCGCUCGCGGGCUACGAGCCGCCGCCGCCGAAGGACGGGGGUUUGGACGCUUGGUAA